CUCCCGUCACGUGCGACGACCCGACUUCUCAGCUUCAAAGAGUCCGACCGCGACCUCAUGUAUGGCGGUAAUCCUCCUUCACAACUGGAAGACAUCAAAUUCCUAGACACUUACUAUCAUGAUAUCCUGAAUGCUUGCCUACCAUAACAAUCGAUCUUGGAAGAAUGUAAGGAUGGUCCUCUCACCUCCGUCGACACUUUCGAAUGAUGCUAUACGGGAAGCCCUAGGUCUAUAUCCUUCUCUGGUAGAGAAGGUGUAUAGGAGCAAGCUGAAAGACCCGAAAAAGAUUUCCGACGCUAUUGAACGUGACAGAUGGCGCUAUGAAGGACUUCCUGGUGCUAUCGCUCUUCUGAAGUCGGAAACUAAACACGAAGACGAUGUUGGUAGCUCGUCUGCCGACGUAGCAGAGGGUGCAUUGACGAAGGAGGCUCUUGAGAGGUUGGUGCAAUGGAAGAUAACUCACGGCCACUCGCGCCCUUUCCUGCCAGCCUUGGUGAGGAAGAAUGACCCCGCUUCAGUCCAGACGCAGACCAAGCUCGCAUGGGCGAAACUCUCGACGUCGGAGGACGGUAAAGAGCCUCCAACUUCAACAGUAUCUGCCGCCCUCGACUUGGUCUGUAAACUCACUGGCAUUGGUCCCGCAACCGGAACCUUGAUCUUGAAUGUGUAUGAGCCAGUUCACAUCCCGUUCUUUCAGGACGAGAUGUUCAUGUGGUUCUUCCCGGCAACGAAGAGCGAGAAACUCAAGUAUACUCAAAAGGAAUACAUGCAGUUGCUGGGAGCAGUUGGACCAGUGUUGAAGAAAUUGGGCAUCAAGGCAGUUGAGCUGGAGAAGGUGUCGUACGUCCUCGCACACUUGGAUGUGCUAGAACCUUCCCAACGAAACGCUCUGGAGGCUGCCCUCAAGAGCCCCGACCAGGCAUCAGGCAGUGAGGCAUCUGAGCAAGAGAAAGGUCAAGAGGACGAUGGUAGCAGCGACAGGAAACCGGGUAACCAACUAGGCACGAAGAAAGAAUCGAAGCGAGACGCAUCCGAGGCCGACAUUGCCGACAACAAACAGGAGCAGCCUCCGAAGCGGCGGUCACGGCGGAACAAGUGAAGCAGCAGCGUGCAGUCUGGUAAAGAUAUUAUGGAUUAAGUGCCCUUGUUAAUCAUUCCUUUUUCUCUUCGCUCCCAGCAGUAACAGAAGCGGAAGCUACCGGCCUUCUCCGAACCAAACGCGAUGCUGAAAUGCUGUCCCACGCUGCAAUCGAAUACCCAAAACGGAUGUGUCCUUUUUCCAUUUCUUUUUUACAAAACCAAUCCCAACCCAGCCACUGCCAGAGCCACAACACCACCAGCCAUCUCCAGGCUCGCGGCGGCAUUGUCGGAUUUGCUCGAGGCGGUGGCAGAUGCGGACGCAGAGGCAGCGGAUCCAGUUUCACUGGCAAAGCCGGUGUGGAAUCCAGUAAUUGAAGAGCCGGUCGUGGUGGCGGCGGUCGAACCAGCGGUCGUGGCGGGAGCCGUGCCCAAGGUAGUGGUGCUGCCAUAUACAGAUGCAUCCUGGCAGUAUUGGUCUCGCUGUUGCUGAACGGUUCCGACACUGGGGUCGCUCGGGCAGUUGGCAUAGCAGGUCAACAUGUUUACGUAUUGCGUGCAGAGGCAGGAGUAGUCGGUCUGGCCGCAGGAGUUGAUCUGGCCUUGGAUGGAGGAUUUGCAAGCAUCAAGAGUGCUGUGUCAAGUUAUGUUAGCUAUGCAAAACCUCUCACUUUGCUCUCGGUGGUGCGGGGGGGAUAGGUCUUACAGUUGACCAGGGCAGGAAGAGCUCGAUGUAGAUUGAGCUGCGGCGAUGGUGGCAAUAGAUGCCAGGAUCAAGGUGGUCAACUGCAUGGUGGCUUUUUUGAGGAUAUAUUAUGUCGAAUUGUGAGAAAGAGAUAUAUUGUCGAAGGAGUCUUUUCAAACGAGGGUUCCGAAUUAUGAUGAGGGAAAAAACCAAAGAGAGAACACAGCAGGCCCGGAGGAGAAAUGAAACACGAGACACUCAGCUAAAGUAAACACUGUACACAGGAGAGUUGUUGUAACACAAAGAAAAAAAGGACGGACACUGCAGCAAGGGGGGCGGAAGGGAGAAGAAGAUAUAUGUGAACUUGAACUACGACCAAAGUAGCAUUUGCACACUCUCAUGACCACGGUUGCC